CCCCACCUCCACCUUCUCCAAGAUGGCGAGCGGCGGCAGCGGUGGGGUGUCAGUCCCUGCGCUGUGGAGUGAGGUGAACCGUUAUGGGCAGAACAGCGACUUCACGCGUGCCCUCAAGACCGUCAACAAAAUAUUGCAGAUCAACAAGGAUGAUGUCACGGCCUUGCACUGUAAAGUUGUUUGCCUUAUCCAGAAUGGAAGUUUCAAAGAAGCCUUGAAUGUCAUCAAUACUCACACCAAAGUGUUAGCCAAUAACUCUCUGUCCUUUGAGAAGGCAUAUUGCGAGUACAGGUUGAACAGAAUCGAGAAUGCCUUGAAGACAAUAGAAAGUGCCAACCAGCAGACAGACAAACUGAAGGAGCUUUAUGGACAAGUGCUGUACCGCCUGGAACGCUACGAUGAGUGCCUGGCCGUGUACCGAGAUCUUGUCCGAAACUCCCAGGAUGACUACGAUGAGGAGAGGAAGACAAACCUGUCAGCAGUCGUUGCCGCUCAAAGCAACUGGGAAAAAGUGGUUCCCGAGAACUUGGGUCUCCAAGAAGGCACACACGAACUCUGUUACAACGCUGCGUGUGCACUGAUAGGGCAAGGCCAGCUGACCCAGGCAAUGAAAAUCCUACAAAAGGCUGAAGAUCUUUGUCGCCGUUCAUUUUCAGAAGAUUCAGACGGGACUGAGGAAGACCCUCAGGCCGAGCUGGCCAUCAUUCACGGUCAAAUGGCUUACAUCAUGCAGCUUCAGGGGCGCAUCGAGGAGGCUCUGCAGCUUUACAAUCAGAUAAUAAAACUGAAGCCAACAGAUGUGGCACUUCUUGCUGUAAUCGCAAAUAACAUCAUCACCAUUAAUAAGGACCAAAAUGUCUUUGACUCCAAGAAGAAAGUGAAAUUAACCAAUGCAGAAGGAGUAGAGUUUAAGCUCUCCAAGAGACAGCUUCAAGCCAUAGAGUUCAACAAGGCUUUGCUUGCCAUGUAUACAAACCAGGCAGAACAGUGCCGAAAAAUAGCUUCUAGCUUGCAGUCCCAGAGUCCUGAGCAUCUCCUGCCUGUGCUGAUCCAAGCUGCCCAGCUCUGUCGUGAAAAGCAGCAUACAAAGGCAAUAGAGCUGCUUCAGGAAUUUUCUGAUCAACAUCCAGAAAAUGCAGCUGAAAUCAAGCUUACCAUGGCUCAAUUGAAAAUUUCCCAAGGUAAUAUUUCCAAAGCGUGCCUAAUACUGAGAAGCAUAGAGGAGUUAAAGCAUAAGCCAGGCAUGGUAUCCGCGUUGGUGACCAUGUACAGCCAUGAGGAAGACAUUGAUAGUGCCAUUGAAGUCUUCACACAGGCUAUCCAGUGGUAUCAAAGCCAUCAGCCCAAGUCCCCUGCUCAUUUGUCCUUGAUAAGAGAGGCCGCAAACUUCAAGCUCAAAUAUGGACGGAAGAAGGAGGCAGUUAGUGACCUAGAGCAGCUGUGGAAACAAAAUUCAAAAGAUAUUCACACGCUAGCCCAGCUUAUCUCUGCUUACUCACUUGUGGAUCCAGAGAAAGCAAAGGCUCUUAGUAAACACCUGCCCUCAUCGGAUAGUAUGUCUCUAAAGGUAGAUGUUGAGGCUCUUGAGAAUUCUCCUGGUGCUACGUACAUUCGGAAGAAGGGUGGAAAAGUUACUGGAGAUAAUCAACCAAAGGAACAAGGACAGGGAGAUUUGAAGAAGAAGAAGAAGAAAAAGAAAGGAAAACUGCCUAAGAAUUAUGACCCAAAAGUUACCCCAGAUCCAGAAAGAUGGCUACCAAUGCGAGAGCGCUCUUACUACCGAGGAAGAAAGAAGGGCAAAAAGAAGGACCAGAUCGGAAAAGGAACACAGGGAGCGACCGCAGGAGCCUCCUCUGAGCUGGACGCCAGUAAAACUGUGAGCAGCCCACCCACCUCCCCAAGACCUGGCAGUGCGGCAACGAUGGCCUCCUCUACAAGUAACAUUGUACCCCCAAGACACCAGAAACCCGCAGGGGCCCCAGCAACGAAAAAGAAGCAGCAACAGAAGAAGAAGAAAGGAGGGAAAAGUGGUUGGUGAUGGCAGUACACUUGUCACAGGCUGUUCUUAACCCAGUGUCAGCGACAUUAGGGACAUAAUAAAGGUGACACAGCAAGAAGCACAGAGCUCCCUCCUCCAUCCCCAUAGUCCUGAAAUGAUUUCUUACACUUGAGAUGGGAAAGCAGCACCCUCCUCAGACUGCCUAGUCAAACUCGGCCUGUGUACCAAAUAGCUUUCCAGGGAGAGGCCUGCAGAUGGCAGCACAAGACAAAGACAGGCUUUCCAGGGCUCCCGGGGUUUAAAUUCUCUAGUGGGAAAAUACAUGCUCCUAUCAAGUCGCACCUUAAAUUAUGUCUUACAAGGCUAAACCUGGAAUCUUCUGAGCAUUCCAAGUAUGUGUUUAGAGCUAUCAUGGAUGAAAAAGGAUCUGAGGAACCAAGUGGCCAGACUCACCGUCUAAAAUAAUCUUAACCAUAAAUUCUGUCCUGUGAUACUGGAACGGGGACACUUUCACAUGUGUGUGUAUAUUUGUGCACAUCUGACUCCUUUGUACCUUUGUCGUUUUCAUUUUCGGAUUAUGUUAACAUGCUGAUUUAGUUCCACUGAAGACCUCAGAAACUGUAUCAGUGUUCCAAGUAGUUGACUCUUAGACCCAGGGUUCCGAGGGCAAAUGGGUUCGGGCUUCUCAAUCAGAACACUUAAUGGCUACUAUCAAGAACAUAAAAGUCGGCUUCUUUAUCGUAAGAGGAAACAAUGUCAGGCGGUAUUGACAUUCACAGGAGCAUUUGGCCCUGUUAAUAAUCAGAUGGCUCCCCUUUCUGGUUAUGGGACAUGACCAUCAUUACCUUUUUCAAAGUGCCGUGGUCUGCAGUCAUUCUGUGGCCUGAAUGCUGCUCCCGUCUUUCAUUGCUAGCAGGCCACUGUCACACUCAGCAGUCGUGAGACACACACGGGUGCCUCCCCAUGCUUAGGACUCAUUUAUGCCACCUGAGGUAUCAUUCGUUUCACACCUAUAUUUCCUGUGGUCAGUUACUCUGUUCUUGUUAAUAAACGUGCUGCUGUGCGGAGCAUUAUCUAUUGAAACGUCUUCAGUGGGUUUUUGUAAGGCUCUCCUGCUCCAUGGAAUUAGAAAUGGGGGUUGCUUUUCUGUUUGCCAUAGUCAGUAUGUGCAGUGGCGUCUAAGGAGGAUUACACUGCUCUCCAGAGGACUGAGUACCUGCUACAGGACUAGUGUUUAGGAUUGCACCUCCUUUGCUUAAGCGGACCGACAGAAUCUUGGUGUACUAAACCUUGAGAAUUUUGUUCUAAGACAUCAUGGCGAAAUACAUACAUAGUCCUCUUAGUUAGCAUUGCUAGCAUUUAAUACUGUCAUUGCUAAGCCACAGAAACCUCAUUUCAAAUAAGUUAUUUAUCUAAACUUCAUCUGUAUUAACACUCUAGUAGCUAUUUGGGGAGAAGUCUUUAACCAGUUCUCUGUGUGUGUGUGUGUGUGUGUGUGUGUGUGUGUGUGUGUGUGUGUGUGUGUGCGCGCGUUAAUAAAAAACUAUGUGGAGAACCUCAUUCUCUGUGUCACAUUUUAAAAUAAAUAUUAAAAUAAA